UCAUCGCGCGAUUGAUCUCCAUUAAAUAGGGCUUAUAUUGUUACCGUAUCAAGGUCCUGUGCAGAAGAAUGUCAACAGCACCUGAUCAGUUUCCAGUUUUUAACUAGUUUUGUGUGACGUGCGAAGAUGCUGCAUUCGAACUGCAACCUUGAUCUAGCCUCUUGGAUUUCUGAUCGAGAGAAUAUAAAAACUCGAUUGAAGGUCUAUGUCAUGAACAGUGUCUUCAUUGACCAGCUCAAGUGCAAGUUCAAGUGCAACUCAUCAACUCCUUCAACAUGUUCAAAUUCGUGAUUACUUUCGCUGUUUUGGCCGUUGCUGUAGCCUCAGCUGCUGAGUACUUUGCAGCUCCAGCCCUCCAGGCUAGAUAUGCAGCUCCAUACAUCGCUCCACUGCAAUCUGCUCCAUUGGCUUUGGCUACACCAUUGGCUGCACCUUUGGCUUCUCCUUUGGUCUACACAAAACUCGCUUUGCCCGCAGCCGCUGGAUACUCACAAUAUAGCAGCAUUGCAACACCAAAUUCCUACAGCGAACAAUAUAAGGCUGAACAGAAGCCUUUGGCUUAUUCCUCAAUCAUUUACUAAAAGAAUCCAACUGACUGGGAUGUGAUUAAAAGAUAAAUAAAUACAGUUUUGGCACAAA